AUGCCACCGCCUCGCACCUCGGCAAGUCGACAUGCCUACCCUUCUGACUACUUCGGGGCCAAUGGGGCUGGUCCAGCACAGAGUCCGUCUCCGUCCAUGGAACAGAUGCUGCGCAGCAGGGAAAACGGACCGCGCAGAUGGAACGACAUUUUUCUUGGCCGCCUGGCCCGCUUGACCCGGCGUCGACGCCAAUUCAGCGGCGACGAGGCGGAACUGGACUACCGUGAGCGUUGGCCAACUGUCACUACACUCGUAGAACACCAGCCCGAGUCCCGCUUGUUUCCAGAAGAGGAUGCCGAUCAAGACCUGCCUGAGCCGGCGCGAGUGAAGGCACUCCAAGCGCUGGCUACACCUUUGGAGUGGCUAGCAGACAGAUUCGUGAGCAUGUCGGAUCAUCUCGACCACAAGAUCGACUUGGCCAAAGCCCGGGCAGAGAAGCAGGCCAGUGCUCCAUCGAGUCGCAGGUCCUCGAUGCGGCCUGGACAGAGCACCCACCCUUAUGAUACCGGCGUUGGCGAGAUGACGGAUCACGAAGACGACGGAGAAGGGGACGUGGCUUCAAUUCCUAAGCCCCGGCACGCGUGGAAGACAGUCCGAGGGCGGCGCGCAAGUGGUUACCCAGGCAAAGACCGCGCCUCGAUACAACAGAGCUCCAACGGAACCAAUUCAAGCAUGCUCGCUCGUGAAGCCUACCGGCAGGUGGCUCCUACCUGGAGAGACAAGCACGACGCAGCAAUGACGACCUCGGAGCCGUUGCGCCCCAAUAGCCAGCUACGGUUCAGACACCCUCGAAAGCCUGUUGCACGCUCUGUCAGCGGCCAGGAAGCUGUUGCUCCCGCCUCGGCCAUGGCUUUGCAAACACGCAGCCGUCUGUCGAGCGCCAACCGCGGCCUGGGGACGGGCGCGAGCUCGCCGCAUUCUGGGAAAUCCGGUACGCCGGCCAUCCGGGACUUUGCCAUGGCCGAUGAGGCCCCCAAGGCCGGUGCGAUCCGCCAGUGGCUCAACCAUUUCAACGUGAAACCGCCGAGUCGCGCCGUUUCGCCUCGGGAGCUCUCUGAGGACGAUGAGCAGCGGGACGAACUGCCGCCGCACAUUGUACCCGUGUCAUCCCGCAUCGGACGGCGCAGCAAUGAGACAACAUCCAGCCGCGGCACCCGGUCAGCCCGCACGCAGCACAGCACGGAGCCCAUAGCGACCCCGGAGGGACGGCCGUCCAGAGACUCGUUAUUGCCGCCCUUACGUCCGGUGAAAGGGUCCAGCGAAGGAAGACGAAGCCGGAACAGAAUGAAAGGGGGGAAGGACAAGCGAAGCCGCCGAAACAGCAAGACGGACUAG